AACAACACUUUUCUCCUGAACUCCUCCCUUCUGCUUUUGCCCUCCCUCGAUUUUUACCUCGCCCUCCUCUGGUCUAGCUUGUCUCUCUGCUUUUUAUUUAGCCAGCUACCAAGUUGCGACAUUUCACUUCACGCCGCUUCAUCGUUUUGUUUCCCCGCAUAAUAUUUUGGGAUAAAUGCACGACGUAUCGUUUUUUAAACUAUUAUCAUAAAUGUAAGUGAUUAGAUUUUUCCAGCACUAUUAACAUUCGUUCUAAGUAUGGCGUAUUCAGAAUUGGUAAAAUAAUUAUCGUGACAUGAACAUGUAUUUAGCAUGCUGUAAUAAGUAAGAAGACAACGUGUUGAAGACAGGAUUAGGCUAUUUAUCAGACCUACCGAGCGUGCACAGACAGGUUUUUACGGCAGGGGCAGCCACAUGAAGAGGUCAAUAAAGAGGAUGAUGAAGACGGAAGGAUAAACGACAAGAGACAGCCAGGGAAGGAAGAAACGCGGAGAAGGAGGGAUGAGAAAGAGACUAAAAUAAGAGGAGGAAGUGGAAUUCCAAAGUGCCUAAGAAGACUGUGAGUGGGUGCCUGACGUUCUGGUCUGGAGUGUUUGGCUGGCUGGUGGCCUGCUGCCUCUGUGUACUGCUGCUGUCUGCACAGGACAGGCUCCUGGCCCUGCUAGCCUGACCAGCCAUACUAAACGCUACAGAAGCCGUGUCACAGUUCUGGAUAUUUGGGGUGGUUUUGGGGUUUCUGUCUGAAGAAUGGAGUGACCAGCACGCGCAAGACAGAGACAGACAGACUGACGGACAUAAGAAGAGGAAGCUGUCAUUGGAAGGCCUCUCUCUAGGACAAUGCAUGUCUGAACUAUAUAUCUCAGCAUGCCAGAGUAAGAUCCCCAAAUUUCGUCCUUUUUCUAUGAGACAGAGCUGGCCUCUGCUCACCUCUAUCUCUGAGAACUCAUCCCAUCGUCAGUGGAUCAGGGAUCUGCACCGUACCCAAGAAAAUCCACUACUCCAGCCUCCAUACCCAGAAACUCAAAGUCAUUUCAAAGGACCAGCUUAUUCAUUGUAUCCAGUAUAACUAAGUCUUUCAUUUAAUUUCACGCACUCAUCUCCUCUUGUCUUGCCAAGGAGUUUCCAAUUUAUUUUCGUCUGCAUCAGGGCUUUUUGUUUGUGCACUAAGUCCCGAUUGUGUCCAUCCCUAGACCCUACUCCUUUAUCCACUUGCCCCUUCUUGUCCCGAGGGGCUGUAAUGGCAGUCAAUAUGGGAAGUAUGGCCAUGGGCCGGGACACUAAGUGGUUGACCCUAGAGGUGUGUCGAGAGUUUCAGAGGGGUACCUGCUCCCGCUCGGACGCUGAGUGUAAGUUCGCCCACCCAGCCAGGAGCUGCCACGUGGACAAUGGCAGAGUCAUCGCCUGCUUCGACUCACUCAAGGGACGCUGCACGCGUGACAACUGUAAGUACCUGCACCCCCCUCCCCACCUCAAGACCCAGCUGGAGAUCAACGGGAGAAACAACCUGAUCCAGCAGAAGACAGCAGCGGCCAUGUUGGCCCAACAGAUGCAGUUCAUGCUGCCAGGAGCCCAGUUGCAGCCCAUAGUGAAUAGCCCACACUACACAACUACGUUCCCUAUGACUCCAAGUAUGUCGUCCCUGGCCACCAGUCCCAGUAUGGCGUUCAGCCCGUAUCUGAGCCACAUGGGUCCAGGGAUGGGCCUGAUGCCUGAGCUGCUACACCAGGCCCCCCUGCUGGUCCCAGGGAGCCCCACCGGCCUCCAGGUCAUGGGCAACAGCAGCUCCCAGCAGAAACACAUGCGGACAGACAAGCUGGAGGUAUGUCGUGAGUUCCAGAGGGGUAACUGCACGCGGGGCGAGGGCGACUGCCGCUAUGCCCACCCUAUGGAGGCAGCCAUGGUGGACGGCAGUGAAAACUCAGUCAUCGUCUGUAUGGACUAUAUCAAGGGCCGCUGCUCCAGGGACAAAUGCAAGUACUUCCACCCCCCUGCCCACCUGCAGGCAAGGAUUAAGGCCGCCCAGCACCAGGCCAGCCAAACCGCCAACGCCAUGGCCCUGCCCCAUGGGGCAAUGCAACAGCUACCAAAGAGGCCCACCUUAGAGAAGAGUAACGGGGGUGGUGCUGUGUUCAACCCCAGCAUGUUCCACUAUCAGCAGGCCCUGGCUAACAUGCAGCUGCAGCAGCCAGCCUUUAUCCACCCUGGGCUUAUGAAAGGGCCGGCCCCGCUAGCAGUGGAUGGCCGUUGGGAGAGGCGGGACUGGAGCAGCUGCAGGCACCCCCACAGCCGCCUCUUGUCAGCGCCUGGAUUCACUGUACCCAUGAUGCACGGUGCCACCACCUCCACUGUUUCGUCGGCCUCGACCCCAGUCACCAAUGUUCCUUUCGCAGAAUCAGCCUCCUCCAAUCAGUAGACCCUUCAGAGGUUCUGAGUGCCGACCCAGUGGACCUUCAGUGCGUCCCCAUGGAAGCCCACUUCUGCCCUCUCCCCAAACUCCUGAUGGCUGCUCCGGUGGCGCUGAACCCAGUAACCCUCCCAUGAAACCCCAGUUAAAGCACCCGACAACACCAUCAAACCCUUAGUCAUCCCCAACCAACCAACCCUGCCCCCAAAAUACCACAGUCAACUAUUUGAAUGCAACAAACAUGUGCCUAACCUACAGUGCACCCCAAGUGAGAGGUAGUGUUAUCCUCAUUAAGGAGGUAUUCACAUAAUAAAAAAGUUGACUUGGUUUUAUUGACAUUUAUCACAGGCAAUACUAAAGCUUGGACCCAUUACUGUUGAUGUAAAGCCAGCCCAGACUGAUGCACAUUGACUUGAAGGAGCAGACUGAAGGAGAGGCUCCCCAGUUCUUACAGCCAUACAAACCCACACCUUUAACACACAAAUACACAUACACACUAAAAACAGCAAAUCCUCUUGGAGACUAAGCUGAGGAUAUGAGGCGUAAGGUCGUAUAAUCUUACACAGCUGACUGUUCCCUCAAAGUCAGACAGUCUGGAAAGAAAAUGAGUGACAAGUCAGACAAGAAGAAAUAAGUAGUCUGCAGAGCUUGGAUCAUUCUAGAAGUAGUCUGCAGAGCUUGGAUCAUUCUAGAAGUAGUCUGCAGAGCUUGGAUCAUUCUAGAAGUAGUCUGCAGAGGUUGGAUCAUUCUUGAAGUAGUCUGCAGAGGUUGGAUCAUUUUAGAAGUAGUCUGCAGAGGUUGGAUCCUGUAGAUCAUUCUAGAAUGCAAUGUUGUUUUCUUCAUCUUUUCUUUUUCACUUCAAAGAAAUGUGUUGCGUCUCAUUUAAUGUUUACAGUACGUUUCAAGACGGCUGAAGCUUAAAAGCAGUGUGUUAUUAUGUUAUUAGUUCAGAGAGGCUAAGCUCCUAUGGUCCAAUUCAAAAAUCUCACCCAAGGUCUCAUAUAUGAUGUUCAUUUGUCUGUGCCUUUUGAGUUCCCAGCUAUGUAGGAGAUUUGAUGUCUUAUCCCAAAACAACUGAAGUCAAUGACUUAAAACCCAAUAGCCUUGAUCUCAGACAAAGUAUAGACAAGUGUUUCUAUUGACACACAAGUCUAUAGCUCCUCCUGUGUAUAUAUUGCCUGUCGAAAGGUCUCUCUGUUCGGGACUAGGUCCUGUGACAAGCUCUCUUCAUGAGAUGAUUUUUGGGUCGUUACACGAAUAGAGUGCCUUUCAAUUGAACUGUUAGAUCACGUACAUCGAUGUUCUAACUAGUCUCGUCAAUCCCAGACCUAGGGCAACAGCACUGGGAAUCAUGAAAAAGGAAAUUGUCCUCUUCAGACAGAAUCACAAGUUUGGGUAGGCGGGGCUUAGAAUGCAGGCAGGAAUUGUGAAGAACUCUUACCGUGGCCUGUAGAGCCAGACAUGCCAGAACUUCGCAAUUUGAAACCAAAGUUUGCAGGCAAAACCUUUGCAGGGGUUUUAGUGAAGGUAGUUGAUGCAAACUAGCCACUUGUGAAAUACACUCAUUAAAAUAACCUCUGUGAGCUCCAACUUGUUAGCUACAAUUCUGGGCAACAAGCGAAUAAGGCAGUGACGUAAGAAAGAAGGAAAUCCCAACUCCACCCUUUACUCUAUGUCAAAUGGACUUUGUCUUAGUACAGAUGUGUAUGCUGGAAGACUGGUGCAUUGUGGGAGGUAACCCAUCUGUCUAGAGAGACUAUGCUCUAACUUAACAAAACCAUUUUCAUUCAAAUAAGUUAUUUGUUUUCUCUAAAAAUCCACAUUUUGCCAUGUCCCAUGUCUUGUUUGUCCAACUUCUAGGAAGAUUUUAACUCACUUAACUCCAAGUUUUUCAGAUGUUUUCAUGGUCAUUUCUGAAGAUGUUUUACUUAUUUAAUGUAAUUCCCCCUCUGACAUCAUUGAACGUCUGUGCACGCAUGAUAGAACAGCAAUGUACUGCUAUUUUAUUUUACCACGAUGCCGGAUGCUCCUCUCCUCCGUUUAAUCAACAAAACAAAAACAAUAUCACCUUUGCUCGGGCCGAAGAAUGGCGCUGUUAUUCCCUUGUGUGGAUUUCAACUUCAAACCUCUUGAGAUGGGAAAACAUGUUUGUUAUGAAUUUUAACAUGUGCUCCUCAUGACAGAAUGUUACGAUUAAGUGAAAGCGUUAUUUUUGACAAAAUUACACUUCCCAAAAGGUCAUCUAUUCGUGGAAGGGACACAUUAUUGAAACCAAAAAUGAAAUUCAAUGUCGAAAUCUGAAAUAAUACUUAGUAAUAUUUCUUGAACUUUCUGGAACCACUGCAGAGGCUGCAUCAGGGGAGUUGCUUUGCUUGUCUGAAAGGUCUAGCAUGCUUACCUGUGUGCCAAUGAUUCUAUAAUGGAGGUUUGUCUGUGCCAAUCAUUGGUGUAUACUGUAUCCUGAAUAGAAUUCCUUUACUGUUGUCGGAUUGAUAUCUGAGUGGAUGUUUCCCCUUCAAUGAGCCGUCCCUUUCCAUGUCAGGGGUCAACUGAUAUUUGCAGAUAUUUUUUGGGUCAAUCUCCUGCAUUCAUGCUUAAGUAAGUGGUAAACAUUUUUCUAAAUGGUGUGUUAAGAAUAUUUUAAUGGAAUGGAUUUGACAAAAAAAAUGUGGUUCUGCAGGGAGAAUAUUGAGUAAGCUUGAAAUUGUUCUGUCUGUAAAACAUGUAUUUGAUCAUAGUCACUGUGUCCUUACUUUCAAUCAUCAGCAGACUUUAAAUGCUACAAAUAUAGUGACCUGGUGGGACAGUACCGACCUAAGUAGAGGAAAUAGAAGGAGAUAGUGAGAGACUGAAAGAGAAACUGACCCGUUCUGGAGUCAAGUAUUUGGUCUUAAAAUGGUAUCCAGAAUUAUUACAAAAUGGAGCAGAAUUGCUAUGAAAAUGGAUAGAGACAAUACAUUAGCUGAUAUGUUUAGGUGAGUUUUAAUGUGCCUCUCUCACUCGUUUUCAAGUCUUCUGAAACCAAUCACUGUCCAUACACUGUAAUAACUGACUUUUCAGUCUUUUCAAAACAGAUGAUACGUUGACUAGCACUGCCUGUCUGGCGCCAUUGAUCUGUCGUGUCUCUGUAGUUUCUUCUUUGAAACAGCUGUGCUGUCUCAUCUUUUGAUGAGAAAAAAAGUAAUCAGCCUGAGUGGGUGGCGUGUUUAAAUGUUUUAAUUAAUGACACUGAAUCAUUGAGUUGGACGUGGAAAUGUUGAGACGUUUUCCACAUCUUGGGGGAAAUGGAUAUUGACAGGAAGCUAUUCAUGUUUAAGUCAUGUCAUUUACGUGGUGAAUGUAUCUAAUAGCCUCGAGCGGCAUGUUGAAAUGUAAUGAUUCAUUAUAUAGGCUAUUUCUAUUAAGAGGUCAAAUGCAAACCACGGUAAGAAAACAUACUGUGUUAAGAAAUGUUUUAAGUAUGUGUGUGUAUUGUUAUAUAGGUUUAUGUUUAAAUGUUUGUGAGUGUGAGUACUUUCUGAAAUAUCUUUGGACAAGUGUGGUCCCUGCAUUUUCCUCCUUUCUUUGAUGCAUUCAGAUGCAUAUUAGAAAUGGUCCUCUCUUAAUCAAUGAAAUUGAUAUUAGAAUGUCUAGACAUAUUCAUUUUGUCUAAAUUGUAUAGCUUUGAAGGACUUGCGUUGCCCAGCCAAGAUGAAAAUCUAUCUUCUCUCUCUCCCCCCCUCUCUAUGUCACAUCAUUAUGCCUUCUCCAACUGCUAUCCAGCUGGAAAUAACAAAAUACUUGAUUUAAGAAAAAGAAAAUGUACCUCGUAGGGGGGGGGCGUUAGCAUUUUAAGUAAACUUACAUGUUUAAGAGGUGUGUUUUCCUUGUACAAGAACAUAGUUAACUAGAGUAAUUGUAGUGUUGUUGGUACAAAUAUAUUAUUCUUUCUAUCUUCAUCCUUUACCAUUAUGUUCCAACGUUUCUCCCUCUCUAAAUGGUACUUGAUCGAAUUUCCGUCACAUUUUUAGUCUUUAUUCCUAAAUCACAAUAUCAAAGAUGUGACUAUUUAUGGACAGAACUGUUAGUGGUAUUUUCACCCAUUUAGAUUUGUUUUUAUUGUUUAUUCGACAUUUGAAAAAAGUCAUAGCAUGAAAAUAAGAUAAUCUUCAUUGAUACUUAAUUAAUAGUUUGUGUAGUUUCCAUUUAAGAAAAACUAAAAAUAGAAAUUAUAUAAAAAAAUAUAUACAUUUGUAUCUAUACAAUGAUAGAUUCAUUGUUACUUAUUAAUAGUACGUUGUUGUUGUUGCUGUGGCAACAGAACGACAACAUGGCUACCUUUGUCAAUCUUAAUUGUGAAUUCUUUCACAUAUGAAUUGAAAUAAUGUACAACAUUAACUUAUUCAGAAAGGGAAUGUCUAGUUAGAUUGUCUUGGAUUGCAAGAUGAUUGAAUAUUUUGUAAGAAAAAGUCAAGUUAAAUCCUUAAGGUCCAAAGGUCCUCUGGGGAGAUCAGGUGUUUUGUUUGUUUAUCUUUUGGGUUUGAUUCGUUUUUAUUUCUGUAUUGAGUUUUUUUGGAGAGUAAGAACGCAUCUCAGCUUUUAAAAUGAUCACCUUAAAUACCAGGAGGGUAAAGAGACUUUGGGACUGGAUACAAGAUUGAAAUAAUUCUGCUAAAUUGAGUCAUUAUAGACUUAUGACCUGAUUUGAUUUGCUGUUUUUGAUCACCACAUUACAUUGGAGUUGAACUGGCCCAUACAUGCUGUACAGAAUUUGCUAUGCGUCGUCUCUAUGCAUUGUAUUGCCAACAAUUUUCACCUAGGCUCAUAGGCUUAUACUAUAGGCCUUCUGUCCACCUGGACAGGGAGUGCUGAUGUCACCGAGCUCUUGGAUUGGUCCUCAGUAUGAAGUCUCUUUCCCCCUGUGGCCUGCCCAGCUGUGCUGGGAGAUGUUGAUGCUCGCUGGAGCUUUAAGGGAUCCAACCGGUGUACGAAUGUGUGAUAUUCACCUCGUUUGCACUUAUGUACAUAAGUAAGUCAAAAUAUUCUGAAUUUAUUUUGAAUAAAUAUAGAGAAAAGAACUGAUAAAAAAAAUCUAAUUUACUGUAUUGUUAAGAAAUACAGAUAAACAAUUAUCAUUUUAAUACAGUGUAACAAAAGAGAGUUGUUUUUGAGGGAUGUGUCUUUGGUUUUGUUAUAUAUGUGCCCUGCUCCUAUCAAAACAUGAUGGUGCCUCUGUUAAGAGAAAACAUCAUGUGUCAAAAAGAAGCGUUGUAGUUUGCCAUACUUUAUAGAAGCACAUUUAGAAGUCCAGCUAUGUCUGAUCCUGAACCAGUUUAGUUAUAUAUAUAUAUAUAUUUAGUUAGAACUAUAUGCAUUUAGUUAGAACUUAUAGAACUAUAUGCAUAUAGUUAGAACUUAUAGAACUAUAUGCAUAUAGUUAGAACUUAUAGAACUAUAUGCAUAUAGUUAGAACUUAUAGAACUAUAUGCAUAUAGUUAGAACUUAUAGAACUAUAUGCAUAUAGUUAGAACUUAUAGAACUAUAUGCAUUUAGUUAGAACUUAUAGAACUAUAUGCAUAUAGUUAGAACUUAUAGAACUAUAUGCAUAUAGUUAGAACUUAUAGAACUAUAUGCAUUUAGUUAGAACUUAUAGAACUAUAUGCAUUUAGUUAGAACUUAUAGAACUAUAUGCAUUUAGUUAGAACUUAUAGAACUAUAUGCAUAUAGUUAGAACUUAUAGAACUAUAUGCAUAUAGUUAGAACUUAUAGAACUAUAUGCAUAUUCCCUUUAGUAAACAAAUGAAUGAUAUUUACGUUUCCAUCUGGUGUUCUCCUGUUUGAUAACACAGUGACACAGUAAAUCAGAAUGGUAGUUUACAUAAAACUAGGGUUGCAAAGCUACCGGUAAUUUAACGAAGUUACUGGAAUCUUCUGUAUUUUUUGGUAAUUAACAGGUAAUAUAUGGCAAUCUAUGAUAACUUUGGUCAUUUAUACUUGAAUACAUUUUUAAAAACGUAUUCAUAUAUAGUUUUCAUAUUGUCCAUUAGUUUCUAGCAGAUAUGAUUCAAGAGAACAUUUAUUCAAUUAGAAUGUAAUCAACAAUGGCAUUAUUUUCAAUUAACUCUGCAAUGCUUCUAACUAUUUACUAAACUGACACCAGUUUAGCUACACAACAUUUACAACAAAGACAUAUUAACAUAGUCUUAGUAAAUAGUCUUAGUAAACAUAGUAAAAUAAUGAAAAGUGUGUAAAAAAAUAUAAAAGGAUAUUUCAUGCUUAAAGCCUCGUAUUAAACCCCAGUGGUAUUCACUAAGUUGAUGGUUUAUAUUUAGAAAAAUGUUUUACAACUUUGCCAUUGUAUUUUUUUAAAUAUUAAAAUCUUGUUAUUUGAUUGUUCUAUAUUUGACAUGUGAUAAGGCCACACAGAGGGCCAGAGAUCAUAACAGACACCUGUGGUCAUCUGAAGUACCCAGAAGGGCCAGAGAUCAUAACAGACACCUGUGGUCAUCUGAAGUACCCAGAAGGGCCACUAGAUGUGUUUUUGAUCAUUUACAUUAAAUCCUUGAAAUGUACCAAAUUUCAGGUAGUUUACUGGUAAACUUUGAAAUUGUAAUGUAAUAAACCCUUCCUUUGCAACCCUAUAUAAAACUAGAUUGGUUUCAAGAUCAAACUGUGUUAGGAUUUUCUACACUAUCAGUCCCAUCAUUCUGCAUGCAAUUCGAUGUGCAGAAGAACCUGUGAAUUUGGUGGUCCACCUUCUGUCUGUCUAGGAAAUGACAUCCUCUGACAGUGGGAAAAUAAUGGAUGUCAGGUGUGCGCAAAAACAGGAAAUAAUUUGCUACUCGUGUGUAUUUGGUUUGUGAGAAGGGAUUUUUCUUUACUCAUUGUCAUUAUCCAAAAAACAAUCAAUCUGAAUUCUCCACAGGAUUUUAGUCAGAUCUGGAUAAAAAAAACUGGUUUUACUACAAUCACACACACUUGCGAAACAAACAUCCCUGACGAAAACUUCUGUUCAUGCGAACUUGUACAUUUAAUGCUCUUCAAUUGCUUUGGAAGCCAAUCAUUUUGUUGCCAUGGCACUUGUCCUAGCGGUGGUGGAGGGACUGGGUCUCAGUGGAUUGGUCCAAGGCCUUUCCACUGUAAACAGAGGAGAGGACAACCUUCCUGUAGACUGGGGAUAAGACUGGGGGUCAAGGCUCCCAAACUUUUAACAACUGAUUCAAAGAUCAGUUUCAUAAUGUACAUCUGUGUGUGUUGAUGUGAAAGCAAAAACAUAACAUCUCAUUCAUGGCAAGUGACCACAGAAUUUGUCCCUUUAAUUUAAAUUACUAUUAGUUGCUUUGGGUGCUUUCUUGGAUAUUAGUUGCCUGUUUCUGCUUGCUUGGCAAGGCAAAGCCAAGGAGUGAACAAACUUGCACCCAGGUAAAAUAUUGGGUUUGUUUAAAAGCAUUUCCGUUGGAGAGAAGGCUGUCCAUUAUGCUCCUCUCUCCCCCACUCUAGGACAAAAGUGAAAUUGACUGCUUUGAUUCCUGGUAUGAAAAUGCUUCUCUUUCACUUUCUAUUUAGCUUGUUGUGCUUGUACGUGCUAGAGAACUGUGCUACAUGCCAAUUAUUUUUGCUAUGUAUAAAUAUAUAGGUAUACAUACACAUAUGACUUAUGUUAUUUUUGUUUUACCUUUUAAUAAAGCACUUAAUUGGUGAUCUA